GUCAUCAUCCUGCGUCGUGGGCACGAAAAACGUGUUUGAGAAAAAGUAAAGUGACGGGUAUGCGGUUCCACAUGUGUACAGUAGGAAGAUGGCGCCGGUGUUACAAGAACCUGAGGUUCAGUUCGCACAAAGAUUAGCUUCUAAUGAGAAGUCCAUCCGAACCAAGGCCAUCAAAAAACUGCGAAAGUAUCUCAGCGUUCGGUCGCAGAAGCCCGAAGGUGGGUUCACCAUUGACGAGUUGCUGAAGAUAUGGAAGGGACUUUUCUACUGUCUGUGGAUGCAGGACAAGCCGCUCCAACAAGAAGAGCUGUCAACUCGGAUAUCUGGCUUGAUCCACUGGUUGCAAAAUGUUGACACCCAGUUUUUGUUUCUGGAAAGUUUCCUGAUGACAAUCAACAGAGAGUGGAAUGGCAUUGACCGACUUCGCAUGGACAAGUUCUACUCUUUGGUGCGCUUUGUGCUCAGGGAGACAUUUGAGAUGUUGAAGAGGAGGGAAUGGGACACUGGUCUGAUCGGGAGGUUCACAGAGCUCUUGUCGGCUCAGGUUCUGCGCAGCACCAGCGACGCCCCUAAAGGAGUGCAGUUCCACAUCCUGGACAUCUACAUGUCUGAGCUGGCGAAGGUCGGGUCAGCCCAGCUGACAGCUGAGCAGAACCUGACGUUCAUCGACCCGUUCUGUAAAACGGCAGCAAAGACAAAAGAUCACGUUUUGGUAGAGGCCAUAUGCAGCAACAUAUUCCAUGAGAUUGUUGACCACGCCCCCUUUGCAAUCGAGGACCUCAUGCGGGAGUUGCGGAGGGGAGGCGGGGGUGGGUCUGAAUCUGACCAGGACCAGGAGAUGGAGGAAGAUGAGGAAACGGCGAGCACAGCAGUCCAGAACAGACCUAAGAAAGCCAGUGGGAAGCGGGUCAAUGGAGUUACCACAACUGAAGAUGAAGAUGAUGUGGAGGAGGAGGAGGAGGAGGAGGAGGAAGGUGACCUGCCAGAUUUGGGGGAAGACUCUGAUGUUCCCCAGGAUGAUGACGGAAUAGGGCCAGUGCUGCAGUUUGACUACCAGGCCCUGGGUGAGAGGCUGUUUGAGCUGGCCAGCCGCAGCAACAUUCCCUCAUUCAACAGGAAGAAACUGUACAAGCUGGUCAGAACCUUCCGCAAUCUCAGUAAAGGCGUGUUCCCGCAAGACGAUUACCCCGCGGAGGUCUCGACGGACGAAGACGACGACGAGAUGUUCGGCAGCCGGAGGAAGAUGAGGAAAAGGAGGAGGAACAGGGAGGAUGAGCCCAAGGAAGAGCCAGGUGAAGAGGGGGGCUCUGCGGUGAAGAAGCGCAAAGUCAAGAAGGAUGCUGGGAAGCCCACCAGCUCAGAACAGGGCCGCACAACUGGGCUGGCAGAUUCCGUUGCUGGGCCCACCGGAACGCCCAGCGACGGAGCUGGUGCCAAGAAAAAGAAGAAAAGGAGGAAGAAGAAGAAGAAGACUGUGGGGGUGGAAGGGGAGAAGGUACCCGCUGAGGAGGUCUCCGAGAAACACCCGACUGCGCAGUUGGACACUGGCACCGAGCAGGCGUGCCCUGCGGCGGAAGAGUCCACGGACAGUGGGGUGAAGUCUGCCCCGCUGGCAGAGACUCAGAACCUGUCUCAGACAGGCACAGAGGCUCAGGACCACUCCCUGACUGGUGAAGAGGGGGCUGUGGCUGACAUGCAGACCGAGAGCCAAUCAGAAACACUCUCCACAGACGGCGUUUCCAGCCAGGGCAGUGAGAAGAAGAAGAAGAGGAAGAAGAAGAAGGCAUCCACACAAGGAGUGGAAGUGUCGGAAGCUGACACGGAAGAGCUGCAGACCAACGCAGCAGUAGCAGAAGGGGAAGAGAGCCAGUCGGCUCCAGCGGAGGAAGAGACGAUGGCUGCAGAUGAAGCAGAAGCCCCGCCCCUUACGCCGGCGGCCGACAGGAAGAAGAGCAAGAAGAAGAAGAACAAAAAGACGCCGGAGCAGACGGUGGAGUCUCCCGCCGCAGCCGAAGAGCCGACGCAGCCAGACGCCGGGAGCGACUGCGCAGACGCGAGCUGCGCAGAUGAGCAGCCCGGCGACGGCAGCCCGGCUGUGCAGCUGAAGAAGAGGAAGAGGAAGAAGAAGGCGACGGCGACCCAGGAAGACGAGGCGACGGAGGAGCAGGAAACCCAAGUCAACGGACACGUGGAGGAGGUGGAGGCGGCAGGCAAGAAAGCCAAACAGAGCAGUCAGAGUGAAGAAGCCUCUACACCUACUGGGACCAAGAAAGCCCAGAAGAAGAGGAAGGCAAAGGCCUCAUCCGGGACAGCCUCCGAUUUCAUGAAGUUCCAGAGCCCCAUUGUCCCCACUCCCCUGUUCUGCAGGCAAGCUAAAGGAAGCCCCAGUACACCCGUGUCACAAAAACAGUUAACCCUGACGCCAUCAUCCGAGUCCAAGAAAGUCACCUUUGGGCUAAAGAACAACCAGACCGCAGGUCGGUGGAGCCAGUUCAGGAAGUCGGAUCGGAGUCUGAUGGUGAGUCCAGAUGGCUCCUCUCGUGUGCCCUUUGACCCCCAGCAGAAGCCGCUGUUCGGGGUGCUGAAGUCACCUGCUGCUAUGAAACCCCAGGCAACAAAUGACAAAAACAAGAAUGGCUCCUCCAAGGGCCGGCCCACGGCGGCAGAUUUUUUUUAGAACCCCAAAUCCUUGCUCCCGAAAGACUUCCUGGUGGGACGGACCCUUUUAUUAUUAUUUCUUUGUGUAUGUUUGGAAUCUCUCUUCACAGCAGAGGCAAUGGAAUGGACAUUUGAAGUUGUGUGACCCCUGUUGGGGGGGGGGGCAAAACAAAGAUAAUUAGUUUUGUAUAAAUAAUACAGCCCUUCUAUGUUUUCUGUGACUGAGCAUUUCAGUAAAAUUAUUCUUCACUUUA